GCUCUCAGGUAAGCGCGGCCGAGUCCUCAUCUCCUGCUCCGCCAAGCUAGCGAGGAGGCCCUGCCCCUGCUCCUUCUUCGGGUUCGGGCCUACCGUCUCCUUCUGUCCCCGUGCCACUUGGGGUACAGCCGCAAGACAACCUUUGAGAAGUUUCUGGGGACCCUAGCGGUCAGGACCGGAUCCUGGAUGGAGCUGGACACCCGCCGCUCCGGGUGCAGCCAGAGCUCAGCGGCAGCCGGAAAGACCAGCCCAUGCUCUGCCUCUGCCUUCCUGGCCUUGCGGAAGGAAGGGCAACUCCACUUAGCUCCGUAGCGAGGAGGGGGUGGUGGGGUCUGGGGUCCAGACACCCCCAAUCCUUGUCCAGCCUGGUUGCAUUGUGCUGGAAAUGUGUGCGCGUCAUAGCAUUUUUUUGAGAUCUUACCUGUUCUAGAGGGUUGGGUCACAAGACCUAGGACAGACAAGACACACAAGCAUGUAAAUACACCUGCUGCCGAUGGAGUCCCAGUUCUAUAAACAGCACACCAAAGAACUGGGUGGUGGUGGAGGAAUCGGGAGGUGGAGGCAGGGGGGAAAUCAGAAGUUCAAGACCUGCCUUGGCUUUUUGCAGAGUUGGAGGCUAGCCUGGGCCCAAUGAGACCCUAUCUUUAAAAACAAUCAUUGAAAGAACAACAGCCAGGUGGGCUAGAUAAAGUCCACUUAGAGGGGGAGGUAAUGAGUCAAAUGAUGGGAUCAAGCUGCGGGUAAGCAAACACAAAGGCCCCUGAGGUAGGGGAGAUAUAAGUUGGUGGCUAAAGAAGGGCAAGAAGGAUUGUCAGGAGGCAGAGGGCAGGUCACCUGGACCAUCCCUUCUUCCUGUUGUCCACAGUGGCCUCUUAGGACACAAUCUCUCCUCUAUCACUGAGGCUGACAGAUUCAGAGAGGCAUGGAACUUAGCCUCUAUCCUCUGGGGAUUUCCUAUGCUGCUCUGCAGCUAGAUUUAGAGGCUUAGCAGCCUAGGAGGGAAGGGAGAGAACUUUGGGGGGCUGCUUGCACUGCUACCUUCUACUGGGUAGGAAUCCCAUAAAAGAACUCAGAAGGUUUGGGCAAUCCCAUUGCACAGAUGGGAAAGACAAGCUCUCUCAACCUCUCCCAGGGCAGGGAGAGAAGGCCCUUGGGGAGGUGUCUGGGGUGUCCGAACAGGUCCCACCUAGGCCCAACAAGCUAGCCACAGAGGGUAGGAGGAAGGCGAGGCUUGAGUCGUGGGCAGGAGCCUGGCCUCUGGAGAAUGCGCUGAGGUCAGAGCUGCCCUUUCAGGUUCACGGGUGGAAGAAACCUUACCUCAGUUCCCCCGGUCUCCAGAGGCCUGGGCUCCUCCAUGAUGCUCUGUUGCUCCUUCAAGAUGUCAUAGCUCUUCUUUGUCCCAGUCUGCCCCCUCUCCUUCCUCUUUUCCCUGGUGGGCCAGCUCCUUUCACUUCUCUAUCAUUGCAUGUGCCCAAGGCCAGAAGAUCUGGGGGAGAAGCCCUGGGCCCUAGGAUAGAGGGUGGGGUCUGUGGAUCCCCUGGGCCAUGCCUGCUCCUCCUUUGAUUGGGGUCCUGAUGGUGCUUGUCCAGUGUACCUAGGAAGGAAGCACAGGGCAUGGAGGCUGUGCACUGGAAGAGUGUCUAAUGUGUUUGUUACCAUUACUUCAGUUAUUUCAGUAGCACAGUCAUGGCAGUGCAGUGAACUUGACCUCCUCCCAGCCCCAGUACUGCUGGAGUAGGGGUAUUUCAGGUUGGGAGUUUGUCCACUUGCUCAGGUAGAAAGGAGUACCUUGAGCUAUUGCUAGGUGUAGAAGUGGCUAUGAUGUUGGGCUCUGGAGGGGACAGCUGAACUAUGGGUCGCCACAUCUGUGAACAUUGUGACUCCUAGGGAUGGGUUCCCAAUCCUACAGGGAAGUGUCACAGGUGGCAGCUCACACCUCACCCUGUGUUCAUUCCUUCAACCUGUUGCCUGUGUUCUCGUUCUCUCUCUCAUGUAUGUGAGUGUUCUGUCUGCAUGUUCACCUGCAUGUCCGAAGAGAGCAUCAGAUCUUAUAACAGAUGGUUGUGAGACACUUGUGGUUUCUGGGAAUUGAACUCAGGACCUCUGGAAAGGCAGCCAGUGCUCUUAACCGCUGAGCCAUCAUCUCUCCAGCCCUUUGGUAGACAUUUUCACAGCUCGCCUUUUUUGACUGUCAUAGAAUCUUGCUGUGAUUGUCCCUGUGACUCUCAGAAGGGAAGUGACUCACUCAUCAAAGGUCACAGCAAGCAGGAGGCAGGGCCAGGAAUGCCAUCCUAGCCUGGCUUGCCAAUUCCAUAACCUACAGGAGAUGGGAACCAGGCCUGGGGACACAAGCCUGUUGCCACCCUAGCUAUUAGGAAGCUGGGACAGGAGAAUCACAGGUUCAAGGCUGGGCAACAUGGGCAGCCUAGGGAGACCCUGUCUCAAAAGUGAUGACGCAAGUCUCACUGCUCAUUGUCCAGUGCUUGCCUAGCAUAGAUCCAGUGUCCAGCAAUGCAAGACAAGUAAACAUCUGAUCUAUUUGGAAAAUUGAGAAGUCAGACUCAAACACCCUGGUAGUGAAGGGGACCUGGCCGUCUCAUGACUGGGAAGGAUGGGUGUCGUAUGUGGCAGAGUCCGGGGUUACUAGGAGUCCAGUGUUUCUCUCUGCAUCCACCUUGUGACUUUGCUCUUUGUGAGCUUUCUCUCCAAGGCCCCAGCCCAGAGUCACACUUGGCCUGCUGACCUCAGCAGGGUGCUGGGACUUUCUGGUUGGCUGGAUUUGAAAAUGCUCGCAUUUCCUGACAUUUGUGCUGUAUGGAGCUAAUCCCAUCUAAGUCUGUGGACAGAGCCGAAGUUCGGAGUGCCCCCGGGGAAAGUGUGCCCAUUGGCUGCCUGGCCCUAUCCCACCUUCUCCAUCCUGCUGCUGUCUCUCCUUCCUGUCUCACCUAGACCUGUCCAUUCUCUGCAGUGGCCUAAGGGACCCCACCCACAGUGGCUUGGGGUCUUUGGAAAGAGCCUUUUCAGUACCGAGAAUGAAAUCAUGUUAUAGGUGUGCCACCCCAUCUGACCCAGUCUUACCAACUGUUUUCUCUUUCCAGCCGCCCUGGCCUAGUCUUUUUUGUCUUUGGCCAAGUCUGUUUCUACCUCAGAACUUUUGUAUUUGCCAUUCUCUCUGAGGAAUGUUCUUUAUCCAGAGUUUUCCAAGGCUGACUCCCCAGUCAUGCGUCCUCUUGACAGAACACCAACCCAAAUCAACCUUCCUAUGUUCCCUGGAAUUCAGCCUUAACUGGGACACAAGGCCAUGUAUUCCGGCUGACAGGAAGGAAGAAGGGCACGACCUGAAGCUGGCGAGUUGCACUCUGUUGGUGUCCUUGUGGCCAGUCCCUCCUUCAGGGGAAGCUGGAGAAAGCAGACUGAAAUCCCGGGUUCUGCUGGGCCACUGCCGGUGGAAUGGCCAGCCUGCAGGAGGCCAAUGGAAGCACAGCGUGGCCACCGCCCACAGCAUCCAAUAUCAGUGAGCCCCACCAGUGCCUGCUGCUGCUAUAUGAGGAUAUUGGCUCCUCCAGGGUCCGGUACUGGGACCUCCUGCUGCUCAUUCCCAAUGUGCUCUUCUUCAUCUUCCUGCUCUGGAAGCUUCCCUUAGCUCGGGCCAAGAUCCGUGUCACCUCCAGCCCCAUUUUUAUCACCUUCUACAUCCUGGUGUUUGUGGUAGCCCUGGUAGGCAUUGCCAGGGCUGUGGUUUCUAUGACAGUCAGCGCCUCUGAUGCUGCGACAGUUGCUGACAAGAUCCUGUGGGAAAUCACCCGCUUCUUCCUGCUGGCCAUUGAGCUGAGUGUGAUCAUCCUGGGUCUUGCCUUUGGUCACCUAGAGAGCAAGUCCAGCAUCAAGCGGGUGCUGGCUAUCACCACAGUAUUGUCUCUGGCCUACUCAGUCACCCAGGGGACCUUGGAGAUCCUGUACCCUGACUCCCAUCUUUCAGCUGAGGAUUUCAACAUCUAUGGCCAUGGUGGCCGGCAGUUCUGGCUCGUCAGCUCUUGCUUUUUCUUCCUGGUCUACUCACUGGUGGUAAUUCUCCCCAAGACCCCACUGAAGGAGCGUGUAUCCCUGCCCUCACGGAGGAGUUUCUACGUGUAUGCAGGCAUCCUGGCCACACUCAACCUGCUGCAGGGUUUGGGGAGUGCUCUGCUCUGCGCUAACAUCAUUGUGGGGCUCUGCUGUGUAGAUGCCACCACCUUCCUGUACUUCAGCUUCUUUGCACCACUCAUCUAUGUGGCCUUCCUCCGUGGCUUCUUUGGCUCUGAACCCAAGAUCCUUUUCUCUUACAAAUGCCAAGUGGACGAGGCUGAAGAGCCAGACAUGCACCUGCCGCAGCCCUACGCUGUGGCCCGGCGCGAGGGCAUAGAGUCUGCAGGACCUGCCUGCGCCUCUGCCGCCAACUACUCCAGCACACAGUUUGACUCUGCUGGGGUGGCCUACUUAGAUGACAUUGCCUCCAUGCCCUGCCACACGGGCAGCAUCAACAGCACAGACAGCGAGCGCUGGAAAGCCAUCAAUGCCUGAGUGGGCACCUAAGCCUCGGGGAGGCCUGUAAAGACAGAUGGGAACUCGUGUGGAUAGCCCUGGGCAGGUGUGCCUGCACCCCCAGCCUCUUCCUGAUCUCCACCCCCAUCCUCCUUUGCCUCCUGUGCUCUAGUGUGGGACCGCAGCCUUCCCAGCACUCCGUUCCUGCUGGUGUCCUGCCUGCCCAGCAACUUGUCCUUCUUCCAUUGCUCUCGACCUCUUGGCCACAAGGCUGCAGUGUAUAUAUUUUCUUGAUCUAUUUUUUAAUAAAAAUAAAAAGAGUAGUA